AGCCUUUUUUUUUUUUUUGAACUUGCAACGGUGGGGUGAGUGAUAUUUCUACUGAUGGGAGGAGUCCUCUGACUUGUAGACUUGCCAGUUCCAGGAGUUUCUCCAGGUUGAGAGUUGCACCAAAGGGAAAACUCCAGGCUCACCACCAUGAGAAGCUUAGGCGACAGACCAGAAGAGGCACCCAAUACGGAAGUUGAAGACCUUGUGCCUAGAAGUCCUUGGGAGAGAACCCCUCAAGCUCUUGCUGCAUAUGAGAGACAAGAGAGCCACACAGUUCCAUCAUCGUCAGAGGUGAAGCCAGAGGCCAGGGAGUCCGCCAUCCCACAGGUGCAGCCAGAGGGCAGCGAAUCUUCCAUCCCAGAGCUCAAUGUCUCAGCUGUGCCAAGUGUUCUCCCUGAAGAGGAAGAGGCAUUCUGCUCAGUCAGCCCAACAGAUGCAAUCCCUGGUCCUCCCAUGCAUCCCAGAACUACAUCACUCCCUGCCUCUAGUGCCACAAGCCACCAUGGCAGUGAUGGAGCCCCACUGCUGAGCAGUACAUCUACAAGUGCAAGCAAUGCUGCAUUCCUUGGACACCAAAGUGGCCAGGCUUUGCCCCCAGUUGAAAAUGCUGCUUCAAAUGAACGAACCUUAGAACACAUCGGUAGAGCAAUUAAGCAAGACCUGAGAAAGUCCCUCUGUCCAAUGGUCCAUUUCACCAUUGAUUACUGGGAGACUGGACCAACCACAGGCUAUCUGGUUUUUGUAGCACACUGGGUUGUGAACAACGGUUUACUUCUGUGGAGGCGCCAGGCAGUGAUGAUCAUGUAUGAGGCUGAGCCGAGCAACUUGACUGGAAUCAUACUCGACAAUCUAAAGAGGUUGAGGGACAAGUGGUUCCAUCCCAUGCAGCUGCAAGUGGGGUAUGUGGUGACACCUACAAUGGCAGUGCCACAGGCAGUUGGAGAUUGUUGUCUGGGAUGGGUUUUCUCCCCUGUUGACUGCUUGGGCCAGCUGAUUAAAGGAGUUAUGGAAAAGGUGAGAAAUGAAGACUUUCUCAUUUUAUGGGUUUGGCAAGUCCUAUGCAAAGUCAGCAUUCACUUUGAGCAAUCCCCAGUGGCCCACGAACGCCUAAGAGAAUUGCAGUUGCUGUAUCAUCUCCCCCAGGAACUUCUUCAUGAGAAGAUGCCAACUGCAUCAAAUAACCUCUUUCUCUUACUGGAGUUUCUACUUGCCCGACGAAAGGCAUUCAGUGCUCUUGAGCCUGAGAUCCCUGGCCUCUUCUUUACACGUCGGGACUGGUGCCUGAUGCGCCAUCUGGCCUGCCUCCUGAAGCCCUUUGAAGAGACCAUCACUACAAUUCAGAAGGAAGAUGCUAACCUAGGCCAAGUCCUUCCUGAGCUCCAGUUGCUUGAGGACAAGGUAAAAGGAUGCUUCCCGCUGCUGCUGCAAGAGUCAAAUUUUACUGUUUCUGUUGCUGCUACUCGCUUUGCCACUGAGCUGCUGAAAUCUCUGGAAAACCACAGUAAGCUAGGUCUAGACAGAGAAAACCUUCUGUACCAGACUGCAACCUUGCUUCAUCCCUGCUUCAGGGACCACAUCCAUAAAUACCUGAAGGGAGACAUAGAGAAGAAAAAGUGGCAAUUGAAGGUUUGGGUGACACAGCAGAUUGAGAAGGAAUACUUAAACUUGUCUAGUGCUUAUGUAACUCCUUCUUUGACUGAGAUAGUAAGCAAAGAACUGGAAUCUUACCUUCAGGACAACAUAGACCCUGUUUUUUUACAAAUGGACCCCCUGGUCUACUGGAUCACAAAAAAAUACAUAUGGCCAUCCCUCUCUACAGUGGCAUUCCGGUGUUUCUCAUGCCCUCCCAGCCCUCUCAUUUUGAGGGAAGGCCUUGGUAUUGAAGACUUGAUGAUAGCAGGAAGAUGUGAGGUAAGGGUUGCACUCAAAAGACUGAACAGAAACUGGAUAGCUGCGGGAUCCGGGGUCUCCAAUACUAGCACAGAAACUGGAAGCCAAUCCAUGGCCUGAGACAAAAAGAGAUGCCACCCCUCUUUGCAGAAGUUGAUGUCUAGUAACCAUUCACAAAGUCUUGGCUUCAUGGAAGGAUACGACACACUAGGACAGUGGCAUUAUUGGGAUUCUUCAACACCUGGUGCUAAUAGCUAGGACUGUCUUGCAUUGCUGCGCCUUUUAAAAUCUUCUUUGCAUGAAACAGAAUUGGGAUAUUGUAUUGGAAUUUACACCGCAUCAUGUUUCGCAGAUGUAAGGGUUAUUGACAUAUGAAAAUGUAUGUUGUUUAAUCAUCUGCUUUGAAUGGAUCUGAAAUAUUUAAAUAAAAGUUACUAAAAUCUCA